GUUUCUUCUCUUCUUCCAUCAUCCUAUUAUCAUCUUAGCAUUACCAUCAUGAUCAUCUACAAGGAUCUCAUCAGCGACGACGAGCUUUUCUCUGAUGCUUUCCCAAUUAAAGAGGUUGGCUCGGUCUACGAGAUUGACUGCGCUAUGAUCAAGAUCAAGAAGGGUGCUGAUGUCGAUAUCGGUGCCAAUGCUUCUGCUGAGGGAGGUGGUGAGGACGAGCCACUGGAGGAUGGUGAAGAGCAAGUCAACAACGUCGUGUACUCUGGUCGUCUUCAGCAAACAUCCUUCGACAAGAAGGCCUACACUACAUACUUGAAGGGUUACUUGAAGGCCGUCAAGGCCAAGCGCAGCUUCACCGAGGAGGAGGGCAAGAAGUUCGAGGCUGCUGUCACUGCUGACGUUAAGAAGAUUCUUGGCAACUUCAAGGACUACGAGUUCUACAUCGGCGAGUCCAUGAACCCCGAUGGCGCUGUCUUGUUGCUUAACUACCGCGAGGAUGGUAUUACUCCAUAUUUCACCGUCUUCAAGGAGGGUCUUACGGAAACGAAAGUUUAAAUGCCGUUCAACGUACAAGUAUGGUCGGUUGCAAUAUAAAAUAAAAGCAAAACUGUUAGAACUUUUUUGUUAUUAAAAAAUAAAGAUAACGAACGUAUACAACUCGGUC